GAGUCAUUCGAUCGUCUGGCCCUUGAGCUGAAAACACCUAGACUCAACAAAGUUCACCAUCACUUAUGGCUCGCAGGCCGCCCAACGGCUGCACGACCUUUGCACCGGCAAAAGCUGCUAGGACGUAGUAUCCUCGUAACAGAGAGCCCCGACGAACAUCUCGUGUGGUUCGAAGACUGUAUCUUCAUCAAGCCGUUGCCCGGUUUCCUUCUAGACUGGGACUCGUGGAACAACCACCUGUGUCCGGACCGAGAAUUGUAUGAAGCUGCAUGCGGCCUUCUGCUGUCAUAUGCAUGGCUCGUACGGCAUAAAAGCGACCUCAACGCUGCAAAAGAAGCGGGACUGCUAGCAAAAGAGAUAGAGUGGCUCGACUGGGUCGAAUUCAUCGAUGCUUUUCUGACCAAGAUCGAUUGCGAAACUCUAAGGGGUGUCAACAAACGAUACGAAUAUGGUGAGCUACGUUUAAGCCGUCUCAACGCCAUAUAUAGACUUCUUCCGCCCACAUAUUCUUUUCGAAACUUCACUCGAGGUUUUCAAAGCCGAUCGACAUGGUAUCAAGCUUUCUUUAACCGUCAUUUCAAGUGGAUGCUAGCUGUAUUUGCUGUUAUUUCAGUCAUUUUAUCAGCAUUGCAGGUCGGGCUUGGUACGACAGAGCUGCAAGGCAACAGAGCUUUCGAGCGUUUCUCAUACGGGUUCGCUGUAACAUCCUUGGUCGCUGUAGCGGUAGCACUGGCUGCUGUUACCUUUGUAUGGCUUGUUUUAUUCGUGUAUCACUUG